AUGUCGAAAACAAUUGUUAUUUCAUUAUUUGUGUUAACAAUUUUAUAUGAGCAACUGGAUUGUGAAAUUUACCAAGAUCGCCCUAAAAUAAAAACAUCAGACGGCGAUCUGAUACUGGAACCAGCGCUAGACAAAAAUAUAUACCUACGUCCCAAUGGACCUAAAUCGAGCAUAUAUAUUGGAAACGUUGAUAUGCUCAAAACCAACACCCCAAAGGAUAAAGUUCAAUAUCCAACCUACUCCAAUGAAAAUAUAGAAGUAUUUUUAAAUGGACCUCAUGGCAUACUACAAAGAUUAGAAAAUUUAGAAAACAGUCGAAUUGGAGCACCAGAUAAAACAUUGUUAAACAUCACCAUGCUUUGGAGACGUCUAAAUAACUUGAGAAGGAAAGUCCUGGCUUUAGAAAACCAAAUAACAAGCAGAUCUAAAGAUGAAUGUGAUUCUCACCCCUGUCAGCACGGAGGCACAUGUCUUAACCUCAUUAACGGCUACCAUUGUUUGUGUCCGCCAAAUUGGGAAGGAAGAGAUUGUGAUGAAGACGUCAACGAAUGCCGUAAUUUUGCUGGUACAGAGCUCGGUUGUCAAAAUGGAGCCACAUGCAUUAAUAAACCGGGUACAUACGAGUGUUUAUGCAAAUCAGGCUGGUACGGAUUGCAUUGUACAACAAAGGCAAAGGAUUGCUCCGAGGGUGAUUUUGAAAUGUGUGGCUACGGCACCUGCAUACCAGUUACUUCUGGAGAAGGUAUAAAAUGUAUUUGCCACCAAGGAUGGACAUCUAACGCUACUAGUGUAAUGUGCUUGACAGAUAUAAAUGAAUGUGAAUCGUAUCAGGGACCGCGGUGUUCUGUAAAUCCCAAGGUUGAAUGCAUCAAUUUACCGGGUUCGUUUCGCUGCGGACAGUGUCCUACGGGUUAUGAGGGCGAUGGCUACGUCUGUAACGAUAUCGACGAAUGUACCACUGUCUCUAACGGCGGAUGCAGUCCAAUGGUGAGUUGUCAUAACACCAUCGGCUCACGUAUAUGUGGACCAUGUCCAACAGGGUAUCAAGGCGAUGGGGUCACAUGUACUUUUAGAGGCUCUUGCAAUAUUAACCAUGGAGGCUGUCAUCCAUCGGCGCAAUGCGUAGAAAGCCUGUCACCGACAGGUCAAACAUCGCUGUGUUUAUGUCCUGAAGGAAUGGACGGGGACGGAGUCGGAUUAAUGGGCUGCUAUGUCUCAACUGCUAACUAUACAAGAGGUUGUGAAAGUAACCCUUGUGGAAACCACGGACGAUGCCAUUCUCUUCGCUCUGGUUAUACUUGCAUCUGUAACAAGGGUUAUGGUGGUGCUAAAUGUGACGUAAUAAGCGAUGUUUGUGCAGUAAACCCUUGCCAGAAUGGAGGUAUCUGCAGGCCUGAUGAUACUACCAUCACCGGAUUUCGGUGUGAGUGCACAGCAAAAUACACGGGUUCUACAUGUCAAGUUAAGUCAAAAUCGUGUGGUGGUAUCUUGGAUGCUGAGGAAGGCAGCAUUGCUUAUCCAUUGUCAAACACAACCGCAACGUAUAACCAUGACGCUCAAUGUGCAUGGGUGAUCCACACUGCACCCGAAAAAGUCAUUAAUGUAACGUUUAGUAAAUUCAAUGUAGAACCGAGUCUCGAGUGUAAUAAUGACUUUUUACAAAUUCACGACGGUCGCAAAUCUUCUAGUCAACUGAUCGGACGAUUUUGUGGCAGUACAUUUCCCAAGGGGGGUAACAUUGUAUCCACUCACAAUAAUCUCUAUUUCUGGUUCCACUCGGAUAGAACUGUAGCUAAAAGUGGUUUCGCUUUACAUUGGACAAGCAUGAAGCCUGUGUGUGGGGGAGAUAUAGAUGCGACCACUCACGGCCAAAUCAGCUCACCGGGCUCUCCUGGAUCCUACCCUGAAAAUCGUGAUUGUUACUGGCACUUAACGACCACUCCAGGUAAAAGAAUCAAUUUACAUUUCUUUGCUCUCGAUAUUGAAGUACAUUCAAACUGUAGUUUUGACUAUUUAGCUAUUUACGAUGGAGGACAUAUGACAAAUCCACUCCUUAGUCGCUAUUGUAACUCGACACAACCGGCACCUGUAGUCUCAGCUAGUUCUGAAAUGCUAAUACAUUUUCAUUCUGAUUCGUAUGGCUCUGGCAAAGGAUUUCAAAUAGCCUAUGCACCUGUCGAGGGUGUACCAGGUUGUGGGGGCUAUUUCACUGCAGAUAAAGGGGAAAUCGUUUCUCCUACUUUUAACGGUCAAUAUCUGACUAACUUGCUUUGUGAGUAUAAAAUUAGAACAAGUCUAGAAACAAAAAUUAAAAUAAACUUUAAACAAUUUAGCCUUGAACGUUCAUUUAGAUGUAAAUAUGACUAUUUAAAAGUAUAUGACGGUCCUUCGGAUGAUUCUCCAUUCGUCGGCAAGUUUUGUGGUACUACAUAUCCGGCUUCGUACACGUCAUCCUCAAACACGCUGUUCUUAAAAUUCAGAACUGAUCGAAGUAAUGCUGCUGAAGGAUUUCGAAUAACUUAUGAAUCAUUAUGUGAAAAAACCUUAAUAGGUGAUAGUGGUGUCAUAACAUCGCCUUCAUAUCCUUUUAAUUAUCCUAGAAAUAAAGUAUGUGUCUAUAUUAUUAAAACAGUACCAGGAAAAGCUAUCCAAUUAAGGUUCCAAGAUUUUGAUAUUGAAGAUAAUAGAUACUACGGUUGUAGGUAUGAUAACGUUGAAGUCAGAGAUGGUCCAGAUAUGAACUCUACAUUAUUAGGUAGGUUUUGUGGUGGUUCGGAGCAUAUGCCCCCUGUACAAACUUCUACACAUAAUUUUAUGUUCAUACGAUUUAAAUCAGACUUGAGCAUAUCUGGUACAGGAUUCUAUGCAAAUUACACUACUAUUGACACGGAGUGCGGCGGUAUAUACAGGGAUACAACUGGAUUAAUUAAUCACCCGUCCGGAGAUGCUAUUACAUACAAAAAUGGUCAAUCUUGUCAAUGGCUCCUAAUUGCGCCUGAAGGAAUGCACAUAAAACUAACGUGGAAUCGAUUUGAAUUAGAAGAUACGUCAAACUGUAACAGUGAUUAUUUAAAGCUCUUUGAAAUAGAUGACAAUGAAGAAGCAAAUUUAUUAGGAACCUAUUGUGGAACUCACUUUCCCCCGGCAUUGACGACUUCAACUAACCGCCUAAAAUUACUUUUCGAAUCUGACAGUAGUGCUCGUUAUGCGGGCUUUUCAGUAUCUUACGCCUUUUUAAACGAAAGAUCUCAUUGCGGUGGCAAUUAUGUCAAAACUCAUGGCUUUAUAUAUUCUCCCGGCUGGCCUAAUGCAUAUGAACCUAAUCGCGACUGUACUUGGAUAAUCACAGUACCCGCUGGACAACAAAUUUCUCUGAAUAUUUCUAACUUUGAUCUGGAAAGACCGAUACAAUCUAAAUGUAACCUGGGAGACUACUUGGAAAUAAGAAAUGGUGUCUCUGAAACGGCUCCUUUGAUAGGUCAAUAUUGUGGUAGAUUUCAAUAUAAACGAAUCGUGUCUUUGGCAAAUGUUCUACAUUUACAUUUUCAUUCCGACUUUUACUUAACUGGAACCGGUUUUAAAAUUGAAUGGGAUGGUACAGUUACUGGAUGUGGAGGGACACUAACAAGCUCUACUGGAUCAAUAUCUUCUCCUAAUUAUCCGAAUGAAUAUCACAAUAAUGCUGAAUGUUUCUAUAGGAUUGUCACUAGUGCCGGUUCGCGAAUCCGCAUUUCUUUUACAGAUUUAGAACUUGAACGCACACUUGGUUGUCGCGACGAUUAUGUGGAAAUUUUUGACGGUCGUGAUACGACAGCACCCUCUUUAGGAAAACAUUGUCUUUUAUCAACUGAAAUAUCGAAUAUAGAAACAAGCACCAAUCAUGCACUUAUCAAAUUUCGAUCGGAUGUGUACAUAGGCGCUAAAGGUUUUAUGUUGAACUAUAAUACAAUAUGCAAUAAUAAUUUAACGGGAAGAUACGGAGUCAUCGAGUCCCCGGAUUAUCCAAAUAGCUAUCCGAUGAACUUACACUGUUUGUGGAACAUACAAGUACCCAAAGGAAAUAGAAUCAAUGUGACUUUUACACAUUUUGAUGUCUACCGAUAUCGUCGACGCUUUUACCUUAUGAGGUAUCGCUCAAGGUUGAGUGACGGUGAUUGUUAUCAAGACUUUUUACAAACAAAAGAAUCUUCAGAACCCAAUUUUUCAGAAAAACUUUGUGGGACAUCUCUGCCUCCACCGAGAAGUACAAAGAGUAACUCUUUCCAAAUUAAAUUCUCAUCCGGAAUAUUUACAGCUCGAACUGGUUUUCGGUUAGAGUGGGUUAGUUAUGGUUGUGGGGGACACAUCCAAAAACCUUUUGGUACUGUGUCACUGGAUCGGCGUAUUACUACAGAAAAGGAAAUGGAAUGCGAAUGGCUCAUAGAGACUUCGACAAACAAUGGGAUCAAUAUAACGAUAACAGAUGUUUACAUGACUGAUGCCGAAAAUUGUUCGACUGAUGCAAUCGAAAUUUAUAAUGGUCCUAAUAUUAACACUCCUCUUCUUGCUAAGAUUUGUCAUAAAGGUUUUACGUCAGUCACUUCUGAUAGCAAUUUUAUGCUAGUACGUUUUGUUAAAAAAUCAAAUUUAAAAGAUGUUAAUUUUAAUGCUUAUUAUCAUUCCACGCCAUUAAAAUGUGGAGGUUUUAUUAAGUCUGUAUCAGGUUUUCUUUACUCCAAAAACUAUCCGAAAAAUUAUGAUAAUAAUUUGGACUGUAUAUGGUAUAUUGUAGUUCCUCAAAAUCACCGAAUUGAAAUUAAUUUUCUUGAUCUUGAUUUGUAUGCAGCUCCAGAUUAUAUCGGAAGGAUCACUGAUUGUAGUGAUUCAAUUUUUAUAUACGAUAACAAUGAUCACAAACUAUCUACAAAUUAUACAUAUCGAAUUUGCCCGAAUUCAAAUACAACGCAAAUAGUUACUAAAUAUAAUAACGUCAUCGUUCAGUUCAAAACUGGAGCUAGAGGAGCAGCUAAAGGGUUCAAAGCUACCUUUAGCAUGACUUGUGGUGCUGUUUUAUUAGCUAAACACGACGGUAUUAUAGAAAACCACAGAUUUAAUAAAAAUUCCAACAAAAGCUGCAUCUGGACUAUUAUUGCUCCUACACCAGAUCAGAAAAUAUCAUUAACAUUUACACAUAUGUCCUUGCCAAAAGACAACAAUGUGACAACAAACAGAAAUUGUCCUUCAACAUUUCUUCGAGUUCUAGAUGGUAACGAUAAGCGUGCACCAUUAAAAGCAGAAUAUUGCGGACGAAAAGUACCUCCAAUGAUUGUAAGUCUUGGUAAUGCAAUCACUAUAGAACUGGGAAGUUAUACCGACAGAAUAGCAGGAAUGUUUUCUGCUCAUUAUUCUCCGAUAUCCAAUGCCUGCGGAGGUACUUUGACAGCAGAAGAGGGUACUAUUACAUCACCAGCAUAUCCGAGCCCAUAUCCUAUAAACGCGGACUGUGAAUGGAUACUAAGUACAUCUCCCGGUAACACUAUUUCUAUAACAUUUGAACAAUUUAAUUUAGAAUUUAGUGAGGGUUGCAAUGAGGACUAUCUGGAAAUUCGUGAAAAUGACGGAAGCGGUCAUCUUUUAGGAGCAUAUUGUGGAAGUGAAAUGCCCACCAAUUACACGAAAGCGACUAAAAUAUAUGUGAAGUUCCACAGCAAUGGGAUAACAAGUAGUCAGGGAUUCAUGCUUCAUUAUAGUUAUUUGCAUGAAAAUGAUAUUGAAGGCGAUAGUGGUGAAGUGGCAUCUCCAGUUUAUCCAAAACAAUAUGAAGGUGCUGGUGAGUAUGAUUGGCGCAUAAUGUCUUCUGGUGCAGAUGUUAUUAGCCUCACAAUUGACAAAUUGGAAAUUCCCUCCUAUAGUGAAGUAAGUUAUAAUAAAUUGAUAAUAUAUGAUGGGUAUGACAACACUGCGCCUAUUUUAGAGCAACUGCAUGGCGCUUUAGAUGAACCUAAAUUAAUUCUCGCAUCAUCGAAUACAGUAUACAUUGUUCUAACACUGGAUGAAUCCAAUACCGGAUCUACAUUUCAUUUGACUUGGACGAAAUCCUCCGUUAAUGGGGAAUCUUCUGCAACACAAGAUCGAAUUAACUGUGGUUCAAUUGAGACGAUGAUGGUUUUACCCGGUAACGCAAGUGAGCUACAAUCACCGAAUUAUCCUGAGGAAUAUGGCAACAAUUUGAAUUGCGAAUGGGUGUACAGGACAGAAGUAGGCAGACACUUAAGCGUAACCUUCACGAAUUUUAAUCUUGAAGAAGUUCAGAACUGUUUCGCAGAUUCAAUCUCAAUAUUUUCUGCUGAUGCGCCUAAUAAUUGGAAACCGGUUAAACGAGACAUGUGUGAAUCAAGUUUAGCAGGUGAAGAAACUAACUCUUCAAUGUAUAUGAAAAUAAAAUUCAAAACAGAUUCAUCUGUAACCAGGAAAGGUUUUCGAGCACAAGUAAGGUCUGUUUGUGGUGGUUUUAUUACUGAUUUAUCCGGGGAAGUAGGACCAAAUUGGAUAGAUGCCUACAAGACCGUACAUUCAUCUCUGUCAAAUAAACUCAAAUGUGAAUGGACUGUAAAAGUUCGACCCGGCAGAACAGUUCAAUUAAAAUUUAGCCAUUUUAAUAUAACUAAUACAAAUGACAACUGCGCUAGUUACGUCGUUCUACGAAAUGGUGAUUCCAUAGAAGCGCCUUUACUAGAAAGUGGGAAGUACUGCGGUUAUGAACAUGAAAACCACACAAAUAUAGAGACUUCAAGUAAUUCAUUUUUUGUGAGCUAUACAACUCGAAUUCGUAGUUUUCCAUUUACUUUCCAAAGUUUCAAAAUUUAUUAUGAAGAGAAAAAUUUCGAAUGUGGAUCAAUUUCUGAACUAAGUAUGGACCACAAAUCAGAGAUAAUAAGUUCUCCAAACUAUCCUGACGUACCCAUUCCAUAUUCAGAAUGCGUGUGGAUAUUUUCUGGUCCACCAGGGGAGAUCUUAAGAAUAGAUUUCAUCGGUAGAUUUGACUUAGAUUAUACUGAUAAUUGCGGUACAGAAGCUAUCGAAAUACGAGAUGGAUCUUCCAGUUUAUCACCAUCGUUGAAAGGACCUUAUUGUGGAGAAAAGCCGGGCACCAUUAAAAGUAGUAGUAAUAAAUUAUAUGUAAAAUAUAUGACUCAGCUAUUGGAACCCAGAAAUGGCUUCAAAGCUAAUAUAUCAAUCGAUACAUGUGGUGGUACCAUUAUUGCAGAAUCGGGAGUCGUGACAUCGCCUGGAUAUCCUGUAAUGCAAGUUUUGUCGAGUGGUACAGCUUGUAGCUGGCAUAUUAUAGGGCCACCAAAUCGGGUCUUCUUAAUUAAGCCUGAGGACAUUGAAUUUCCACGAUCUGAAUCUAUAUGCGCAACCAGAAUUGAAAUUGAAGAAUAUUUACCAAUUAAUAAUACCAUCACCAUAUUAAAAACUAUUUGCAAUGAUGAUGUUGAAACAUCUUUGAAGGCAAUAGAAACAUUAAGUAAUAAAUUUACCAUCAAAUUUAGUUUUGGUAAACCAGAUCAAUGGGAUCACGCGUCAGAGAAGAGAGGAUUCAGGAUUAGUUUCAAUUCUUCGCGCCCUAUGUGUGGUGGGAUAAUCACGAGUUCUGAGGGAUUUUUGACUACACCAAGUUACCCACAAGAAACUGGAUUAAAAUAUUGCCAAUGGCUUAUUCGUAUACCAAAUAAUUCACGAAGAGUUCGUUUGGAACUUAUUGACACUAACCAAGAAAAGCACAGAAUAAAUACAUUUAAUGAUCUAUAUUUUCAUACUGUGAUCGAAUCAAUUCCCAAUGGUAACACUACCUCGAACAAUCGAAUUAUUGAGUCCGUCGGAAACACAUUAGCUAUAUAUGUAUGGCUAAAUAGGUAUUCUACUACCCAUCGCUUCAAAGCCAAAUUCAGCUCUGAUGAACAAGCACUAUGUGGAGGUGACUUGAGCGAUAUAAGUCAGGAGCUUGUUUCCCCUGAUCUUCAGCGAUCUUAUAGCUGUGUAUGGCACUACAACAAUCAGGUAUCGACUAACAAUCAGAAUAAUUAUACUUACAAUUCUAUAUAUAUUACUGUCAGUACUAAUUCUUCAACUUCAAGAACACGAUGUAGAUUUUUUGAUCCACAACUUACAAUUAAAGCAGACGUUAAUAAUAAAGAUCUUACCUUUCGUCGGCAGAUUUGUGGUAACACUGAAAUAUCGUACAGAAUACCCUCAUUCGCGUUAGAUAUUAGUGCUGACAAGAGUAAAAGUGAUUCAUUUUAUUACCGCUUAAAUAUAAAAUCACAACCAUGUGGUGGCCUUGCACAUGCGGAGAAUAAUCAGAAAAAUAUUUUGAAAGAUGUUCCUGACUCUUAUAGUGAAAAUUUAGACUGUGCGUGGAUCCUCAGAGCUCCUAUUAACAGCAGAGUCGAAAUCCACAUGGAAGGCUCAUUCCUAUUAGAAUGUGAUGACGAAUAUGUGAUAAUAAUGCAUAGUCUUAAUCCAACCGCUCCUAUUAUUGGAAAAUAUUGUAAGGGAGUAAUUAUGGAGAGCCCACUAGUUACGCAUUACACAUAUAUGUAUGUACAGUAUCAUUCUAAACCUAAAAGAAAUACAAAUAUAAAACUUAUGGCUAAAACUGUGUCACAUCCAUGCGGCGGAGUGCUUACGUCUUAUGAGAAAACUUUUGCGUCACCUAACUACCCUAAAAUGUAUUCUCCUAACCAAGAAUGUACAUGGGAGGUGCAAGCAGAGGUAGGCUUUAGAGUAUCUCUUCAAUUCAUAGAUCGAUUUGUAAUUGAAGAUAGACCUAAUUGCACAAAAGACGUUCUUAUUAUUUAUGACUGGAAAGAUGAUACUUACAAGGAAAUGGGCAGAGUGUGCGGACGGCAAAAACCACCUCCAUUCAAUUCAACUAGCAAUCGGAUGAAGAUAGUUUUUCGCACAGAUGCUGAGACGAAUCUUGAUGGCUUUAAAGCGCAAUGGGUACCUAUCUGUGGUGGCAAUUAUGUAGCUACUCAAAAGGAACAAAUUUUCUUUAGUCCUGGUUAUCCACAUUAUUAUCCACCAUCUAUGAAAUGUUCUUAUGAAAUAACUGCUCCAGAUAAACAGAAAGUGUUUCUCAAAUUCCUUGAAUUUGAAUUAGAAGGCAACUAUCCCGAAUGUAACUUCGAUAAUUUAACAAUAUCUGGUGAGAGUGAUUAUUUUUAUCCAACCCAAACGUACUGUGGACGUGAAGUACCACCUGUUUCAAGAACUUACCAAAAAAUUACUUUAGAAUUUCAAACAGAUCGAUUCGUCCAAAGGAACGGUUUUAAGGUAUCUUACUCUAUAUUUUCAUGUGGUGGUAGAAUAAACGACACAACUGUAAUUACUUCGACUUUCGGUGAAGAUCUUUAUGAGGAAAAUAUGAAUUGUACAUGGUAUAUUGAAGGACCGGUAACCAAGAUAGCAGUGGUCAAAUUUCUUUAUAUUGAUUUGGAGAGCCAUCCUGGAUGUUAUAAUGACUACGUAGCAGUAUAUGAAGGCCUAAGAACCAAUGACGACAAACGUUUAGCGUUAUUGUGUGGUUUUAUGAACUCGACAACAGUAUUUAAAAGUACUGGGAACAAAAUGUUAUUAGAGUUUAUAACAGAUUCUAGUGUAAAUUAUAAAGGAUUCAAAGCUAUAAUUUACUUUAGCUACUCUGAAGCAGCAGGCUGCGGCGGUCGAAUAACUCUAACAGAUGGAUCUACAACCAUACUAAAGUCACCAUUAAUGGAAAACCAUGUCGUGUAUGAAAACUUCUUAGACUGUCAUUGGUCGAUAACAUCACCUCCUAAUACAGUUAUAAAAAUUAAUUUCACACAGUUCCACAUAUCUCCUUGUGAAAACAUUAAUCAAACCGCUAUAGGAUACAGCAAAUGUGAUUGUGACUUGGUCGAAAUAAAAGAUGGUAUAUAUCCAAAUAGUUUAAUAAUAGGCACAUAUUGUGGCCACACCACGCCGUCUGCACUGGUAUCGUCGGCAAAUAUGAUGAAUGUUAUGCUUUCUACUGACGGGGAAUUAGUGAGUUCUGGUUUCCGGGCGACAUUGACAACUCAACCAACACCAUGCGGCCAGUCCAUCAUACGUGUUAGCUCCACGCCGUAUCGUUUCAAAUCUCCUGGUUACGAUACGGGAUCGAUUCCGCGAGGUCUACAUUGUGUUUAUCAUUUGGAUAUCACUGACCAACAGUAUAGUCAAAUUCGUAUUACCCUAAUUAAUGUAGAAUUACGUGCAGCGGUUGCCGAGGGUGAAAAUGUUAAAGUUUGUAAAAAUGACAGGCUUUUGAUAUCCAGUAGUUUGUCUCAUUCAAAUAUUACAUUAGGAAGAGAUCUAAUCAUGAAUCUGCAAACAGACGACUUUUUUUCUCAUUAUUAUUUCUAUGACAGUAAUAUACAUUAUCCUAAUUACUUUGAAUUAUGUGGACAUUUAGAGGCUGUGGAUUAUUACGUAUAUGGAGGCACAUCUAUAAAUAUAAUCACAUCGUUAGAGUCAGAUAGCAAAGUCUACAAAGGUGUUGAAAUUGAAGUUGCUUUCGUAGGAUUUUGCGGUAGAAAUUAUACAGAGCCUCAAGGUAGAAUACAAACUAGUUAUAGUUUGGUAGAUGUGCAUGUAGAUAUAGAUUGUUACACGUUAAUAACGGCACCAGAAAAUAACACAAUAUCUUUAUAUUUUCUUAACAUUGUUCCUUAUUACUGGGAUGAGAAUGCUUAUCUUAAAAUAUACGAUGGAAACCGCACCAAAGAUAGAGAACUACUGAACAUUCAUUCCGAAUAUGAAAAUAAUUAUCCUGUUUUCUCAACUGGCAGAUAUAUGUUGUUGCACAAUCAUCAAAAUGAAAAUAAUGUUGUAACAUUCGAUCUAAAUUAUGUAACCACAGACAAAGGUAGAGGCUGCGGUGGGAAAAUACAUAAUGCACUAGGUUCUGUCACCAGCCCCUUAUAUCCAAAUCCUUAUAGACAUAAGAGUAUUUGUGAAUGGGAAUUGGAAACUCCUGUUGGUUCACAUUUAUUGCUCAGAUUUAACGAAUUCGACCUGGGAACUAUUUGCGACCAGAAUUAUUUACAACUCGUCGACAGUAAAGGUGACGUAGUGAGAACCUUCUGUUCUGAGACGCCUGCCGAUUACAUAAGCGAUGACAAUUAUAUAAAGUUAGUGUUUCAUACUUCGAUGAAUAAUGCGGGCAAAGGUUGGUCUGCAAAUUUUGUAGCUACAAAGACUUAG